AUGUCUCGGUACCAUUUCGAUACACAGUCGAGCCUGCUGCUGAAAUUCGCGGACAUUCUUUUGCCAUGCACCGAAGAUAUCUGGGAGGCUGGAGGAGCUGAAGUGCAGGCUUCCGUUAAGCAGCCGACUCUAGAGAAGGCAUUGAAGAUACUAUAUGUGGAAAAGCGACUCCUGAAAAACACCGGAGACUUCGCACGGAUCCUUCUGAUCAACGGACUGUAUUGUCAGACUUGGGACGUCGGCACAUUACUCAACCGAUCUUUACUUCGCUGGACGCCCUCGUCUCGAAAAGGAGACGCCGAGUCACAAGAUCUCACCGGUCCAGUCUGGUUACCACAGAUUCCCCUUUACAACCAGUGGAGGAACGCAGCGUGUGAUUGCUUGGACGUGCUCCACUGGAUCGCAAACAGCGAUAUCGCCAAAGCUGGGACUGAGACAGCGACCGUCCUCCAUCUGCAUUUCGCCAGGGUUGUUCUCCUCGCACCUUACGAAUCGAUACGUAAAUUGGCGGACCUGCUAGUGUCAGAGAACAUAAGUCAUAGCGACUCUGCACAACGAAUCCGUGCGGAGUGCCAACAGGUGCGGAAGUGGAUCACGGAGGACCAGUUCAAGGCACGCCUCGCGCUCGUGCACUGCGGUGUAUUUUUCUGGCACGUCAGACGGUAUUCCCUGGAUGCAUUCUAUGAACCGACCAAAGUGUUCCUAGUGACACUCGUUGUGUGGGCGUACGGCAGUCUUUGUCCUCCGCAGCAAGUGUUGCGCGGCUCGAAUGGGAACAUCGUCUAUCCUCAGCGCGAGGAUGAGGACUGUGAUGUCGACGACAUCUCCUCGAUCCGACUUGAUCGUCCAUGCGACGACGAGCUCGUGCAAAUUUUCAUUAAGCGAGGCAGGUCCAUGACGGCUACCAUCAUGGGAGUGGGUAAUAUCACCUCCGCUAAUGGGCCACUUCGAAUGCUGAAGGAAGGGCGCAAGCUGCUGGCCACUCUGGAUAGAUGGCCCAUCAGAGAUCAAUACCUGAAUAUUCUCACACGUCUUGUCGACUUUUGCAGUCAGAACUCACAGUGGGUACAAGUGGGGCCGAGCUUGGAGGAAAGGUUGCAACCAGUACCACCUGAAGGCAUUCCGAUGGCGUAGAUAUCAGAAGAGACAAC